GGAAGUCGGAAGUCAGUCACACAGCUGUUAGUGUUACUCACUGAGUCAUGGUGUAGUAUGUAGUCAACCCGUAAGCAAGGUGAAUGUAUAGCUGCAACUUGUUUCUCAGGGAGAAGAUGGUACACACCUUUUCCAUCAAUCUUGGCUAUUCAAGUGACUUCAAUACAAGCUGCACUGCAUGUUGACAUUGCUAAUCUUGCUGGUGCAUCAUGGGAGUCAAGGGACUUACUUCUAUGAUUGAGCAGCAUCCGUCAUUGUUCACAAGGCAUUGCCUACAUGAUGCACGUCUCGUUAUUGAUGGCUAUGCGCUCCUGUUCUACCUGUACCUAGAUCGCCCUCCCUGUGAUAAUGGACACCAUGGUGGCCGUUACCAGACCUUUUCGGCCAAGUGUCACCUCUUCUUUCUCAAUCUUGCUAAGUGCAAUAUUUCUCCGUAUCUUGUGUUUGAUGGAGCCUUAGAGAUGGACAACAAGAAGUUUGCAGAAACCAAAUCUAGGAGCCAGGAACGUAUCCGAACGGCUGUUGCUAUUCCUAGUGGUAGCGGUGGGAUAGCCGUUUCUCCUUGCAGUGUAUUGGUGUUCAUGAAGGUGCUGGAUGAUCUUGGCAUUCAGUAUGUAUUUUGUGACUUUGAGGCAGAUGCUGAAACUGCAGCUCUGGCUAAUGCUUUGGACUGUGCAGCAGCUUCCCGUGACAGUGACUUCUACAUCAUGGACCUGAGAGAUGGAUACUUGCCACUGGACCACUUUGACUGGAAGAAUCCUAGAAGGAUUAAGGUGUCAGAAGCAGCAGCACAGCCAAGUGGGUGGAAGCAUAAGAGGACAGCCAACCCAUCAUCGGGUCAGCUGUACAUUGAGUGUAUGAAGUACAAGAGUAGUGCCUUCUGCAAGAUGUUCCAUGUCAAGCAGGCAUUACUGCCCAUACUUGCAACUGCUGUUGGAAAUGAUUACAAAGACACCUUUGGAGCCUCUCUUGACCCAUUCCAAAGCUUUGUUCGUUCCAAGUUUUUUCGAUCAAAGGCGGGCAGGAGGAGCUACAACCAGAUUGUUAGUUAUCUUUCCUGGCUGAGUGAAAAGGAGACAAAGGAGGAAGCCAUCAAUGACAUGGUCAGGCAUGUGAGAGGAGCUGAUCGAGAGAAACUGAGACGCUUGAUUGAUGCAUCCCUUGAGAUGUACCACUUUUCAGAUAGCCUGACCGUGGCGCACUUUUCUGGUGGUCUGUUGAAUCCUGAACGAAGUAAGUUGGCAGCGUGUGCUUCUGUACCACCCUGGUUUGUUGCUCUGCUGCAUCAGGGAAAGGUUGCAGCAAUGUGCGCCAAUGUCCUUUGUAACAAAAGGGUCUUCCUUACAAUUCAGGUGGAAGACUCUCGCCAGCCCAGUGCUGGGGGAGCAUCACUUAACAUCAGAGCCAUCUUGUACGGCAUCUUGCUUCAGGAGCAAAAGUCAGCCUCUAGAAGGCCACCAGUUGUUGAGGAGUAUGCACAGUCAUCUGGGAGUCUGAAGCACAGUAUUGUCGAGCCAGCCCAUGACAUCGCUGGAGGUGAUGGGCGGAAGCUAGCUUUGCCCAGUCUACAGGAUAUCCCAGGUAUGUGUGAAACUGAUCGCAGAGCAAUUCUCCUUGCUACAGCAGGGAUUGAUGGCUCAGUCAUUCGCAGCAUUCCAGCGUUGUUCCAACUUGCUACUUGUGUGACUUUAAACUUGCUCAGUCAUGCAGACCCACCUGUCUACUCUGACCAGAUAGUAGCCCUUCUUGUCAGCUGGUUACAUGGAGUUGCGGCAAGCAGGCAGAGAUACAUCAACAAAGGCCAAGGCACUCCAAAGCUCCUUCAAGUGGGCCUGGAAAACUCUGAUGUGCAUGCCAUCCUCACAAACUGUAAGCCACAUGAGAAUAAGUACAAGGAGUCUCGACAGUUAGAUGUGGAUGUCAUCCAGGCAAUGGCACAGUGGCAGCAAUGCAUGCUUGACUUAGUCCAUCUGAAUAAAGUACUGCUUGGUCCAUAUGCAUAUCCUGACAUGUCAGUCCUGUACAAUGGUCCUCUGAUUCACAGUCUCUGCAUCAUUCUGAAAUCGAUUUCUUCCACAGAGCAGCAAUUACAGUGGGUGGUGAGAGAGCUCCUGCGUGGCACAAGGCCAAGAGUUCGCGCGUUGCUUGAUCAGCUCCUUGAGCCCUCCUGGCCCUUUCUCAUGCCAAGGAAGAGGACCAAGAAGAGAAAGAAGGGUAAGAAGGCAUCAUCCAGGCCAAGAACCUCAAAGCCAUCCAUGGACACCCCUCCUGCGAGAGGUGCUGAAGGUGCUGCAGAGGGAGACACUGUUGAAGUGACUUAUGGUGUCCAGGUUUUCAGCAGGUUUGCUGCACUGGGACAGAAUUAGUGAGAUCCGCUAGUUCGAUUACUUUGACCUGUAUGUCUUUGAUGCUGUGCAUUCUGCUUAUAUACUUCAGUAGGCUAUGGUGCACAUCCUUUUUUGUUCUAAUAGUGUUCAAUUAUUUUGAUCAAUAGAAGCACAAUGACAUACAUUUGUACAAUGUGACUGAUAUAUCCCAUUCUGUUUAUUUUAUAAUAUUUUAUAGUAGUUUCUUGAUGUUCAGAAGAAAUUGAUGUAUCUUUUGUGUCAAAUGUUCAAAGUAUUACAUAUUUUUAAUUUGGAUAUAAUUGUUAAAGUAUUUUACACUUCCUUCAAAAAGGUAUUUGCCCUUUUGUAUUUACCCUUUUAUCAAUUUAGUUGUGAGUUUCUGUUAAGCUUUUGAUUGUUUGUUUUUCCCAGUACCAUUUUGCUGGUUGUUUUUCAUAGAUACCGUUAAAGGGCAUCCAAUCUCAAUUGAGAAUCAAAUGAUAUGAAAUAGCUUCUUUCACCUCAUUUUGGGAAACAAAUGCAUGUUAACAGUUCAAAACCACACGUAAAUCUAAUUGCACUGCCUGGCUUGAGGGGAUAAAUAUUUUAUCCAAGAUUGAAACUUAACUUUAAACUUAACCUUAAACUUAUAAAAUGUGCACUGCAUGUCAACUAUCUAUAUUUGUAAAAGUUCCUAUAUUGUUCAUUUUGAAAUAUCGGUGCAAAAUCUAUAUUUUUGGUGCAAUGGAGACAUUAAAAUACUUGACUCGUUAGAUUCUAGUACAGAUUUAAGAAGAAAUUGUUCAUGCUGUAUGCUGUUGUCUUUGAAAUUGACAUUUGUUUGGUGAACAACUUAACCCUAAUCCCGCUAAAUGCAACAGAAUGCAACAGAAUGCAACAGUGGUAAAAAGUUGUUGCAAGUUCUUGCAUUUAGCAGCCAACUCAAGUCACCAUGCUUUGUUGCAUCUUGUUGCAUUUAGCAGGGCAACUGCUCACAAGGCGAUACAAGAGUAUCCACUGUUGCAGUUUGUUGUAUUUAGCAGGGUAACUGCUUGGUGCCAGGGCUGGUAUGCACUGGGUUCACUGCACAAUGCUACAGACAUUUAGCAGAGUAACUGCUUGGUGCCAGGGCUGGUAUGCACUGGGUUCACCGCACAAUGCUACAGAAUCCACUGUUGCAAUUUGUUGCAUUUAGCAUGGUUCUCAUUUGUGUUGAGUGGAGUGGAUAUUGUUGCAUUUAGCAGGGUACCUGAAGAAUACCCAUGGGGGGGGGGGGGGUCAGAGUUAGGUGUUUCCAUACAAGAUAAGAGGCAGAUUG